UUGUUUUAGAGCCACUUAGUACCAAUGUUUGAACUAGUUUGCCACAAAUCUUAUAUACAACCAGACAAUCUUUGGACUUAUACUAUUGUUUAUAUACAAUUUUCAUAAUUUUAAAUGUAGUUUAUAUAGGCUGUACUAAUUCCUGUUUCAUCAACACGAAGUGAAAACAAUAAAACAGUUUACAUAACUUGGAAUCAAUAUUUAUCAAAAUAGUUUGUUUUAAUUCUGAUUGUUUGUAAAAACACUUGUGUAAACUUGGAACUAUAAUAUGCUAUAAUGCAUCACCAUUCUAUGGCGGCAAUGCAAGGUGGUUAUUUGGACUCGAGCGGUUUCCAGAACGGACUUUACGGAACUCUUGGAUAUGAUGGAAGUUCCAUAAAGCUGCACCACGGACAUUAUCCAGAAACUCAAGACACUUGUUAUCCGAAUUACAGCAACACAUUACCCGGAAGUGGUGUUCACUACGCCGCGCGUGAUCCGCCAUCUUAUUCAGAGUCCACCGUUUACCAGAAUGGAUACAUUCCAAACUCGACCUCCUCCUACUAUAAAAUGGCGGGUUCUAAUGACUUCGGGAUUCCUCGGGGAGAUUCCUCUGGAAUGCUUUUGAAAACAGAUGUGAUUGAUUCUAAUUUAACUGAUAAUGUAAACAUAAUAAAUCAUCGGUUUGAAACCGAACAUUCCGUUACAGAUAUAAACAACGUGCAGCAAGAUACACAAACUCAAUCUAAUAGUAACCCUCAAAGUCUUAAACUGGAUGAAAUAUCUGAAUUUAAGACAGAUCUUUCUCUACAAGAUUCCGUUUCGCCAAACGAUUCCUCUGAGUGUUUGACUGUUGAUAUUAAAGAACAAGAUACGUGUACAAAAGCAGACGACAUUAUUGAAAAUGAAAAUGCUGCAGUUGUUGCGGAAGAGGAUAACGCGCGCGGGAAUUCUGAUGUUAAACCUGCUUUGUCAUAUAUUGCUCUUAUAGCAAAGGCAAUUUUAGAGUCUAAUCAGAAACGGCUGAGUUUAGGUUCUAUAUAUUCUUGGAUUGAAAAGAACUAUCCGUAUUAUGUUAACAAAGGUCAAGGUUGGAGAAACAGUGUACGCCAUAACCUCUCAUUGAACGAUUGUUUUAUUAAGGCCGGAAGAUGUGAGGACGGGAAAGGAAACUAUUGGGCAAUUCAUCCAGCAAAUAUCCAAGACUUCAUGCGUGGAGAUUUCAGGCAGAGACGCCGUUCAAGGAGACGUGGACGAAAGAAGGACUGCGACCUUGGAAUGUAUCAUGUGACCAACGGUUAUAUUGGAACUUCCUCUCCACUGGCUCCGGCUGUUCCAUUCAACCCCACGCCCGCGCUUAGUUCCAUCUAUUCCCCCUACACAGAGGCUGAACGCAGGGCUUAUAGACUUGAUGACGCAUUGCUGCGUCAAAAUAUGAACAAUCCUUUUAUGAAAUGGUACCAUGGCAACAAUAGUUAUGGCAACCAAACGCCCGGAUGCAAUACGGGGAUGUACGGAAGUUCGUCACCGCAGUGGCAGCCAGGAUACACCGACCAAACGACAUAUCAGCUCAAUGCGUUCUCGCCAAGAAAUUAUGCGCCUCCGGCACUUGUGUGAAAGAAAAGAGGAUGCGAAGUUUCUCUUGAAACAAGGUUGCUCAAUGGGAGUUUCUUGAUGGACUUUACCGGAAGUAGAAAAUAUUGACUUAUUUUGUCAGAUGCACUGACCGGAAGUGAUUGUUAUAUUUUCUUCAACAACGCAUACAAACUAACUGUGAUUUAAUUAUUAGGCAACAAUUGUUGCGGUAUGUGCUAUAAAAUAAAGAAAUAUCACUUUUUGUAAAUUUUGUAAAUAAAAAGGAUAUUAUUUAAAUAAAAGAAACAUU